AUGCCCCGGUCAGUGCUCCCCGAUUGCCGCCCUACGCAAACAAACGCGACCGCAGACUUUCUGAAGCGAUUCACCGAUCGAGAAAGACAGCAGAGGACCGCGAACCAGCCGAAGCCGUUCUCAGCUGCGGAGCAUGCCGCCCUCCGCAAUCAGCUGAAGAACGUCCACUUCAUCAAGCCAAAAUAUUCAGACGAAACCGAGAUCAAUAUUGCGGUCGUAUGCAGGAAAUGGAAACGGUUCGUCGCUAGUAACCCAGAACCUAUCUUCUUGUUGACUGACCUACAAAAUAACAGGUACUGUAAGGAGCAGAACUUCGGCGAGUGGCAGGCGGCCCUGGAAACCGUAACCCGCGAGACAAUGAUGAGCUUCUUUCUCCGGGUUAGCGAGUGGUCCAUAGGGAAAAUCAAGUCAUGGGGUACACCGCAGGUAUAUAUCCGUCAGUUUCAGCAGCUCUAUACCAACGCCACCGGUCGCUACAUGGACAGGAAUGAUGUGAAAGAGCUCUAUAAGUUUCUCCACACGGUCCUGAUUCCCCGCUUCGGAUACCGGGCACCUAACAUCAACGGGAAGCCUGUCCUCGGCGCUGAUAAUCUCCUGGCCAUCUUGACUUUCAAUAUCGCGUAUGACGAUGGUAUCUUCCCAUCAGAGCGACAGCGCCCUCAGCUGGCUGGUUGCUACCAGCUUCUCUGCUAUACUGGUGCACGACCUGCCGAGAUUGUGCAUGCUGAAAGGAAGAAGCCCAAGGACGGAUGCACCGACGAGAUUUUCAAGCUCAAAGGCGUCAAGUCCAUCAAUUACGAGUGUGGCAAAGACGUCGAGAACGUGGACGAGGACGACCAGCCACCGCAAGACGAAGACUCCCUUCUCCUCGACAGAUUGUUGCUACAAGAAACAGCUGGGCGCGGGCGUCCCAAAGCCUUGUGCUAUGAGGACAUCCUCAUGAUGAUUGUUCGCCAUCCAGUGACGGGACGAGCUGUACCAGCGAUGGCCAUCAAGUUCAUCCACCACAAGGGGGCCGACAACAAGCCCAAGCCGACUGUCUUCUUCUUCACGCCUGCGAGGAAGCUUAUCUUCUGUGCCGUCAGCACUAUCAUCGCUCUGGCGCUCCACGACCAGGCUUUCGACGCAGCGAGCUUAACAGAUGCGACCCAGGUGCUAAAAACCAAGAUCCGGGGUCCGGUUCAAUCUACGGCUAUACGGUGGAAGCCGUCAAUGCUAAAGGUUCCAGUUUUUCGAAGGUUCAACGGUGCUACGUUGGCGAUGGACGAGGCCAUGACCUAUGCCAAAUUACGAGACGACAUGGGCCGACAGAGCCUUGAUGCAGGUUUCGAGAGGGCUUGGACGCCACGGUUCGCCCGGAGAGGGGCGGCAAAUGCAGCAAACGGGAAUGCGUCUGAUGCCGUUCGCGACCAGAUGAUGCGCCACGAUCCCAAGUUCGCUACUUUCCACGGCGCGUACCUUAAUGAGAAUGUCGAGUUCGACCUCCAGAAUACUUUCCUAGAAGAAGAAACGGAAGAGCAGAUGUACAAAGUGUUUGCGCAUGUUAGCCUCACGCGCGAUCCCCGCGCAACGAGAGACAUGGUCCCCAAGGACGUCUGGGAAAACUUGUCACCCGAUCCGGAAAUUUUGGAGCUGGAGGAACAACGACGGAAGUUAAAAUGCGGUUACUACCGAGUGCAAGGCACAGAGAACGAAGCCGAGAUCCGCAGGCUAACAGAGAAGAUACGCACGAAGGUGGAUCGGCGCGACAAGAACGUCGUGAAGGAAUAUCGCGAAUAUUAUUUUUACAACCGCCCAACAUGGGAUAUCGAGAGGCAGGCAAACGGCGAAGAAGAGAAGUAUGCUGAACCCGAAAUUAACCUCCAGAUCCCCGAACGCGCCAGACUGGCCCAGAUCCUCUGCCACCAACCAGCCGACUGCACUCACGACGAACUAAUGGAGCUUUGGAUCGAAGCUAUCGAUCUGAUGGUCGCACUUUGUGAUAAGAGAGAGACAGUCAGACAGACCCGCAUCCGCUCCCAUCCUCAACCCAAGCCACCGAUCGAAGAGGAGACUCCUCAAGCCAAUCGCUUCCCACUCCUCCUCGACCCGAACCAGUGUCCUGAUUGCGUCGGCGACGAGAGGCUCCCCCUAGAAGAACGAACGUUCAAGUACUGCCGGCCGACGGUCAGAAACGACCACUUUGACAACCAACAUUUAGUAGAACGAGAGCGUGCUGUACAACGCGGUGAUCUCAUUCGGUGUAACCAUCCUCAGUGCCAGCAUGACCCAAACUUCCCGACACUUGAUGCGUUCAGACGGCAUGUACAGACCUCCCAUGGAGUUUCGCUUAGGACCUCAGACCAGGUCAUGCAACGACGAUCCAAAAAGGUCAAGCGUAGACAGAUGGCUCGAGGGAUGGAGGCCCAAAUUGAGGGCCGGGCCUAG